AUAACCAACUUGUUUCCAAGUUUAUGCCUCCUUUGCAAAAGGAAGGACCAAAGCAGCAGCAUAGCAUUUAGCUUAAAAUAAGCAAAUGACUGUUGGAACAAAUUUCUAAAAGCUGUCAUCAAAGAGUUCUGGUCCAGGAAAUGCAAGAGAGUUAGGAAAGGAAGGAGAGAAGAUGGAUUCUGGACUUUCGUGGGCUGAUCAAUGGGACUACGACAACCCCGACCCCCCGCCGCCUUCGGCAUCAGAGAACGACAAGAAGAAGGGAAAGGAUGGGUCUAAAGGGAGCAAGUUUGGGAAAUCAAUAUUAAACUUCAAAUGGAUGAAAGAUAUCCGCAAGAAAUCUCAGAAAUAACGUGGACCGCUGAGGAUCAAGAAGCCUCUUUGUUGCACAAGACACAAUCCAAUGUCAUUCGUUAGGCUUGAUCCUGCUAUAUAUUAAGCUUCCGCUAUUGAUUCAACAAUGGUUGUUUUUCACUUUCUUUCUCUGUUAAGAAUAAUCUUAUUCACUUUCUUUCUUUGAAUGUCCUCACCUUUUUAACCUUAUCAGAUCAGUUCCCACAUGCCCACAUAGUUAUGUACUUUGAUUUUUAUUUCAAUGUAGAAUGUUUUACAUUUAAAUAAAAGGAAAAUAGAAGCAAACAAAUUCUGAGUC